CUGCGGGGGCUGCUGCGGAGCCGGGACCCCGGGGCAGCCUGGCCAUCGCCGCCGCCCCCAGGCUUCGCGAUGGGCCGGACCGUGGUCGUGCUGGGCGGCGGCAUCAGCGGCUUGGCCGCCGGUUACCACCUGAGCCGGGCCCCCUGCGCCCCCAAGGUGGUCCUGGUGGAGGGCAGCGAGCGCCUGGGAGGCUGGAUCCGCUCGGUCCGAGGCCCCGGCGGUGCUGUCUUUGAACUUGGACCUCGAGGAAUUCGGCCAGCGGGAGCCCCGGGAGCCCGGACCCUGCUCCUGGUCUCUGAGCUUGGCUUGGACUCCGAAGUGUUGCCUGUCCGGGGAGACCACCCAGCUGCCCAGAACAGGUUCCUGUACGUGGGUGGCGCCCUGCAUGCGCUGCCCUCUGGCCUCAGGGGGCUCUUCCGCCCUUCACCUCCCUUCUCCAAACCUCUGUUUUGGGCCGGGCUGAGGGAGUUGACCACGCCCCGAGGCAAAGACCCUGAUGAGACCGUGCACAGUUUUGCCCAGCGCCGCCUUGGACCUGAGGUGGCGUCUCUGGCCAUGGACAGUCUCUGCCGAGGUGUGUUCGCAGGCAACAGCCGGGAGCUCAGCGUCAGGUCCUGCUUUCCCAGUCUCUUCCAAGCUGAGCAAAGCCAUCGUUCUGUUUUGCUGGGGCUGCUGCUGGGGGCCGCCUCUUCAGGGCACAGCCCUCGACCGGACUCGGCGCUCAUUCGCCAGGCCCGAGCUGAGCGCUGGAGCCAGUGGUCACUCCGUGGAGGGCUGGAGACGUUGCCCCAGGCCCUUAACACCUACCUGACUAGUAGAGGGGUCAGUGUUCUCAGAGGCCAGCCUGUCUGUGGGCUAGGCCUCCUCCCUGGAGGCCGCUGGAAGGUAUCUCUGGGGGACGGCAGCCUGGAGGCAGACCACGUGAUUAGUGCUGUUCCAGCUUCAGUGCUCAGCAAGCUGCUCCCUGCCCAGGCUGCGCCUCUGGCUCAUGCCCUGAGUGCCAUCACUGCCGUGUCGGUGGUGGUGGUGAACCUCCAGUACCGAGGAGCUCGUCUGCCUGUGCAGGGAUUUGGACAUUUGGUGCCAUCCUCAGAAGACCCAGGCGUCCUGGGAAUCGUGUAUGACUCAGUUGCUUUUCCUGAGCAGGAUGGGAGCCCCCCUGGCCUCCGAGUGACCGUGAUGCUGGGAGGGUCCUGGUUACAGACGCUGGAAGCCAGGGGUGGUCUCUUAUCUCGGGAGCUGUUCCAGCAGCAGGCACAGCAAGCAGCUGCCACCCAGUUAGGACUAAAAGAGCCACCAAGUCACUGCUUGGUCCACCUACACAAGAACUGCAUCCCCCAGUAUACACUAGGCCACUGGCAAAAACUGGAGGCAGCCACCCAGUUCCUGGCUUCUCAGAGGUUGCCCUUGACUCUGGCCGGAGCCUCCUAUGAGGGCGUUGCUGUCAACGACUGUAUAGAGAGUGGACGGCGGGCAGCGGCUCGGGUCCUGGGCUCAGAACCUAACAGCUGAUCCCCAGCUCCCACCUCCUCCUGGCCAUGCUGGCGGCACCUCUUCACCCACAAAAAUAAAAGUUGCUGGAACUUGGCUGGA